AUGUCCUUCACCUGGCUUGGACCGGUGCCUAGAGUGACCAUCACCAAGCCUGAGCUGGUGCGAGAAGUUCUGUCCAACAAGUCCGGCCACUCAGAGAAGCUCAACCUCGGCCGACUCCAGAGGAUGCUUCACAACGGCGUGGGUGGCCACGAGGGUGAGAAGUGGGCAAAGCACAGGAGGAUCAUCAACCCCGCCUUCCAUCUGGAAAAGCUCAAGCGCAUGCUGCCGGCUUUCGCCGCGUGUUGCACGGAGCUGGUAUGCAGAUGGGAAGGUUUAGCCGAAGGGGAUUCUCCAUGCGAGGUGGAUGUCUGGCCCGAAAUGCAGAGCCUGACGGGAGACGUCAUCUCCCGCGCCGCGUUCGGCAGCAGCUACCUCGAAGGAAGGAGAAUCUUCCAGCUCCAGGGGGAGCAGAUCGAGCUCGCCAUGCAGGCCAUGAGCAAGAUGCACAUCCCUGGUUACCUUUUUUUGCGUGCAGAAGCCAACCGAAGGAUGAGGCAGAUCGCCGCGGAGAUCGGGAGGAUCCUGAAAGGCGUCAUCGCCAAGAGGGAGAAUGCCCUGAGAGCCGGUAAAGCCACGAGCGACGACCUUCUCGGACUGCUGCUGGAGUCGAACAUGGCGCGCUGCAGGGGAGAUGGCAUCACGACCGACGACGUGGUCGGAGAGUGCAAGCUGUUCUACUUCGCCGGCAUGGAGACCACGGCGGUGCUGCUCACGUGGACGAUGGUUGUGCUCUGCAUGCACCCGGAGUGGCAGGACCGCGCUAGGGAGGAGGUCAUGCAGGUCUUCUCCGCCGGCACCACUCCAGAUUACGAUGGCUUAGGUCGCCUGAAAAUCGUGACCAUGGUGCUGUACGAGGUGCUGUACGAGGUGCAAGCCGAUGGACCUCGGGGGCGUCAGGUACCCGGCGGGCGUGGUGCUCAUGCUGCCGCUGCUGUGUGUCCACCAUGA